UGCGAUUUCCGAAACACACCAUUUACCACAAGCCAGCUGAUCUAAUUUGAAGAUCAAGCAACACUUCGAUUCUGUGUCCUUUUUGUGCCGUAACAAAUGUUCGGAAAAUUGGUAUCAACGCUUUUCAAUGCCAGCAGGCUAAUUGCUCCUUCACUCGUGGCGAAACAAUUCCAUUCGGCAUCUUCGAGAGGGAUUACAAACGGAUUGUGCUCUUCGAGUGUCAAUGCUAAGCCGGGAGGAACCUGGGCCCUAAUUCCAGUUAGGAACAGGAUCCGCUGGCAUUUCCCCAAGGCUAGAGAAACCAUUCGGAUUGUGCGACAUGGCUGGAAUACAAGGAUGUCUACACCAGGUGGCCGGAGAAUUUUAAUGCGAAAGAUACUCAAAGGGAGACAUGUCCUUAGUCACUGAAUAAAACAAAGAAUUGAUUAUCUGAUAGAAUUAGAAUCAUCGCUGUCAAAAUUUAGUCCUUGCAAUAAAUAAAUUCUCAAUACUU